AUGGAUAUAUUUUCGAGCGAGGACAUUCUGAAUCCUGCCGUUGAAGAUUAUGAUCCUGAUCAGAGGUUGAGAAGUCACGAUGUGAGCAACUCUAUGAAGAAAUUAUUGGAGGAUGGGACGUUUACUGACUUAAUUAUAGCUGUAGACGAACAUGAGUUCCAUGUUCAUAAAGCCAUUUUGAGUGCCAGAUCUGAUGUAUUCUCGAACAUGCUUAACCCUCGUUUCAGAGAAAAUAGCCUCGACCGAAUCGAAAUCGGAGAUAUAUCUAAAGAAGGCGUGCAAGAGAUGCUCCAUUUUAUUUACACUGGCCGAAUGACGGAUGAAGUUACGGAGGAUGUACUUUGCGAACUUUUCUAUGCAGCGGAUAAGUAUGAACUGUGGUUCUUGAAAAAGAUAUGUUCCAUCAUGGUAGCGAAUAAUUUGAACAAUGAUAAUGUUCUUCGGAUUCUGUUAGUGGCAGACCGACACAGCGCAUUUAAAUUAAAAGAUAUGUGUAUACGAUAUAUUUCGGGAAAUUCGUUAGAAAUACAAAAACAAAGAGGUUGGUAUGAUUUGAUGAUGAAUCACCCAGACCUCGUGAACUCUAUCGUCGAAUCUCUUAGCAAAGGAGAUGAUUAA